UAUUGCCAAUCAAUAUUUUGAAAAAGGGGUGUUUUCAGGAUUUCAGAGAAAUGAAUUGUCAAAUUUGACAAUAUAUAUAUAUAUAUAGGGGACAAAAGGUAAAAUAAAACGAUGAUUUUAUGAAAUUGGUGAAAUCUAAUAUGGAAUUAUGUAUAAUACAUUGGGACCUGUAUUGUGCUUCGUUUUUUUUAUAAUAAUUGUUAAAGGAGCUAUUAUUAAGAAAGUGUCUGUAGAUAUAGGAAAAAACAUUACAAUACAAUGCCCUUUACACAAAUCAAAAGACAUUAUGUGGGAGAGAGAAGGUCGAACGGCAGAUCAAAAUAUCAUGAUGAACCUCUUGAACAACGGAUCCCUGUUUCUCCAGGAAGUUGACAAAAACGAUAGCGCUGUAUAUUCUUGCGGCAGAGAAAACGAUGUUACAGAUAUUAGAGCCAGGGUCAAUCUAACUGUUAGAACUCCACCUUCACCUUUAAUUGUAUCUAUAAAACCCAGUACAAUCAUUGCUCUUAUUUUGUGGGAGGUUAAUGGUACAGGAGGUUAUCCUAUCAUAAACUUUACCGCUCAAUAUCGACUAGCGUAUAACAAUUCGAGCUGGAUUCCUAUCUCUCCUAAUCAUAUAACUCCAAACUCUCGACAAGUUGAAGUGUUCAAUCUCACACCAAAUACAACCUAUGAGUUCAGGAUUUGGGCAACUAAUCAGUUAGGCAAGAGUCCUGUCGUAAAUGUAUUUGGUACUACAAAGAAGCAAUAUCCUGAACAAGAAUUAGCCAGACAUUUGUUAGAAGGGGCUGACAAGUUCGACACUAGAUGGUGGGCGGUGGCCGUUGGAAUCGUCAUGGGCACGCUGGUACUGCUCGGGAUCGGCACCUGCACUCUACUCUACCAGGAAUGUAGGGUUACAACUGUUGAAGAAGAACAGGAAAUUAUUGAGCUGGUUCCGAAUAUCAUUCUGAACCCGGGUUUCGAGGGUACGAGUCGCAAUGAACCAGAUGAAAAUUCCAAUAAUGAAAUCCCAAUGCGCCUUAACAACAACACGACUCAUAAUCAUGCAGAUAGAAGAAAUAAUGCUAAAGCUUGUAACACUUUUUAAUGAAAAUAUGUAUACAGUAUGGUCGAAUAAAAACGUCGAAUUUUACAGUCUGAGGUUAUGUCAAUUGUUGCUGAUUGACAAUGACGGCUGAUCAUUUUUGUUUUAACAUGAAACAGACACUUCAAAUAACUCACUAUGAGCCUAUCGCGAUGUCAUUUGAUCACACUGUACGACGAAAUAAUAAGCUUGUUAUUAAUAUUAAGAAGAAUAAAAUAUAAUCAGUGCCUCUAAUAAAUAGAUAUUAUGUAUUUGUCAAAUAUUGAUAUAUUAUAUCAAAUUGAAUAAGUUUUUGAGCACAUACUAUUUUAUGUGAGAAAUACACAGACUGAAAUUUUUUAGUUACUUUUUUUAGAUUAGUACAGUAGAAGUAGGGCAUUUUUCCGUUUUCAUAUUAAAAUUUAAGAAAAUGAAUUAAGAAGAUAUUAAAUCAAACUGAUAAAUUUUCAUACAGUUAAUUAAAAAGAUUAGAUUAAUCAGUAAAGUUAAUAAAGAUUAAUCAAUAAUAUAAGCUAUUUUUGACAUGUCUUCUCGCUUUUAAGAAUUUUGAAGAUUCUUAUUGGUCUUUAAUUAGGUUUUUUUAUAUAAAAAACUUGUUAUUUAUAAUGCUACUAGUAAUCUUUAUAUAACCAUUUUAUAAUAAUUAGAUGUUUUGUUUUUGUCAGUGUAACAAGUCUUGUGAUAACGAUUUUUAUAUUUUAUUUAAUUCGAUGUUGUUUCGCUGUUUAUAUGAAAAUCUUCCAAUAAUACUGCUAUUACUACUACUCGUUUUUUGAUAUAUAUUUGCAUAAAAUAUAGGUGGUUAUAUUUAAUUUUAUUACUAAUGUAUAAUUUGAGUGAUAACAUAUAUAUGCAAGAACUAUUGUACAUACAUAAAAACUUAUCUUCCGCUUUAUAUUCAUAAUUUACUAAAAAUAAAUUAAAUUUUAUUUUUAGUAUGUUUUGACUCGCACUCCGAAGGUUGUGAUUUUUUUAAAUAUACAAGUUUAUAUGUUUUCUGCUACUAUUAUAGAACUAAAUGCGCCUAAUUAACUUGGUUUCAAUUUUAGUGCAUUCCACAAAAAAUAAAAUAAAAUUCAUAUUUAUUAUUUUUUGUUUUGGAUAGUUACCUUUACACAAUAAUACUAAUAAGCUACUGCUACCUGUAUUAUACUUUUUAUAUUUUGUUUUUAUUGCUUUGUGCCUCAGAGUUUUGUUUAAUAAAUAAUUAGGAAUAUACAAGUAUUUUCUGUUAUAUUUAAUUUGACAUUUAAACAAACAACUGUUGGGUAUUUUAUUAGAAAGUCUCUCCGACGAGUCUAGGAAGAUUUGGACAGAUGACAUCCAAAAAAUGCCAGAAAAUUCAAUUUACCUGUGAAUUAAAAUGGCAGACAUCGACUGUCACUAUCACUUGGGUCACUUUCACUGAACAGGGUGUUCUGAUAGGGUGGUCUAAGUAAAAGAGCGAAACUAAAUUUAAAUUAAUUGUAAAUAUCUUUUAAAUUAUUUGAAUAAAUUAUAUUUCUAUUGUUCUUUUAAAUGCUGCUAAAACUAUUUUUAUACUCUAAACAACUAAACAGUAGUUGUAUAUCGGAUAGUGCAUCGGCGUUGAAAACAUACGAAAUCCCAUGCAAAUUUUAAA